AUGGAACCUCAGAACCAAACCCAUUUCUCAGAAUUCUUCCUCCUGGGACUUUCAGAAGAGCCAGAUCUCCAGCCUCUCCUCUUCGGGGUCUUCCUGUCCAUGUACCUGGUCACCGUCACAGGGAACCUGCUCAUCGUCCUGGCCGUCAUCACUGACCCGCACCUGCACACCCCCAUGUACUUCUUCCUCUCCGUCCUGUCCACAGCUGACAUUGGGUUCAGCACAACCACGGUCCCCAAGAUGCUGGCCAACGUCCAGACGGGCAGCAGGUCCAUCUCCUAUGCGGGCUGUCUGACGCAGGUAUCUUUCUUUUUCUUCUUCGGCUGCCUGGACAGUCUGCUCCUGGCUGUGAUGGCCUAUGACCGGUUGGUGGCCAUCUGUCACCCUCUGCACUACCCCGUCAUCAUGAGUCCCCGCCUCUGUGGCCUGCUGGUCCUCGUGUCCUUCCUCCUCAGCCUCCUGGACUCCCAGGUCCAUUGCCUGAUGGUAUCGCGACUGGCCUUCUGCGCCCAGGUGCAAAUCCCUCACUUCUUCUGUGACGUCCCCCAGCUCUUCCGCCUCGCCUGCUCGGAUACGUCCAUCAACCACGUGGUCAUCUUCCUGGUGGGCACCAUUUCCGGUUUCGUUCCCAUCUCGGGGAUUGUUUUCUCUUACUCUAAAAUCGUGUCCUCGGUCCUGAGAGUGCCGUCCCCCGGCGGCCGGUCCAAAGCCUUCUCCACCUGCGGCUCCCACCUGUCCGUGGUCUGCCUGUUCUACGGGACGGGCCUCGGGGUGUACCUCAGCUCCGCCGUCUCCUCUUCCCCAAGGAAGGAUGCAGUGGUCUCGGUGAUGUACACAGUGGUCACCCCCAUGCUGAACCCCUUUAUCUACAGCCUGAGGAACAGGGACAUCAAGAGUGCCCUCUGGAGAGUGGCCGGCAGGAUGACCCGUCCUCAGUAG